GUUCAAUUUUAAUGUGUUGUUAUUGUAUCGAUUGAGUACUUUUUCGUAUUUUAUUCGUUUUAUUUUGUUCAAUUUUUUAGUACUGUUGGGUUUUUUAUAUAUUAGGUUCAAUUAUAAUAUGUUGGAAAGUUCUCUGUGGAAAAUAGUAAUUGCAAUGAUAUAAUAUUUUCAAUUCUACGGUGUAUUGUUUUGUGAAUUAAAGUUAGAAGACCAGUCAUUGGUUUUCAGUGAAUUAGGUAGCUCAUUUGGAUGGAUUAUACGAGUUUGUUUCUGGGUUGUAGGAAGAUUGGGAUUGUAAAAAUGUUGAAGGACUGAGGGUUUGAAGAUAUUCAUGCGAAUUGAGGAGUUAGAGUUGUGUGUAGGCUUCAGAUUGGUAAUGUCUAUUGGUAAUUUUGGGGUCUUGAAAAUGUUAGCCUGUGGAGUUGUGGAUUGUUAAUACUCCUGGUUUGAGCAUAAAUUUGGUUACAGGGGGGAGUUUAUUUUGUUUGUGGUUGGGGUUCAUCGGUUCAUCGCUAUGGCAGAAAGCAAUGUUUCCAAGUCAGGUGUUUUCAGAGUGAAAGUUUGAAAUAAAGAGAGGGUUUUAGCAGUCCAAAAAUUGAUUGGCUGUGAGGCAAUCACGGGUUGAAUUUAGAGUUUUCAGUUGCAAUGACUUCCAUUUCAGGAAUGUGAAUGUGAAUGUGAAUGUGUCGUGCAUAAUUGAUCGUUUGGUUGAAAAUACUUGAGAAUGAACUAGCCACACUGGUUGACCUAGUUCUAUAGGGAGUUUUAUCUUGAAGGAGGAGGACAAAACUUCGCCACUUUACUGGUGCAAAGAUUUACCUUGGUAGGGGUAUCAGGUUCGUUCGCUCUGAUUCUCAGGUUUUCCUGUUUGUCAAUUCAAAGUAUAAAAGGUAUUUCUACAAUCGUUUCAAGCCCUCAAAGCUCAGCUGGACUGCUGUGUACCUGAAGCAGCACAAGAACGACAUUUUGGGUGAAGCUGUGAAGAGGAGAAGGGCCACCAAGAAACCUUACUCAAGGUCUAUUGUUGGUGCAACUUUGGAAGUUAUUCAGAAGAAAAGACCUUAAAAGCCUAAAGUUAGAGCUGCUGCAAGGGAGGCUGCUCUGCGGUCAAGGCAUAUUCAUCACGUGCUAUAUCUAAUUUUGCACGGAGUAAUUGAUUCCUUCAACAUGGAACAUCAACCUGUAGAUUAUCAAGACAUUUAUCAUAAUUCACCGUCAAUAGAGGAAUCAGGUAUUACUAAUGAGCAAUCCAGUUGUUCUAAUGUCAGUGUUCAUGUUACUCCUCAAGUAGUACCUCUCUUAACUCCUGGAGGAACACGAGAAUGGAUUCCAUGCCCGUCCCCUGAGUUAAGACCUACUGUUGGCAUGAUUUUCGAGAGUGUUAAUGUGGGUAUUGAAUUCUACAAAGCAUACGCAGUUGCUUCCGGCUUUGGUAUUAGGAAAUCUACUACUACCAAAACCAAGAAAAAAGGUGUUGUGGACCAGGUGGCAUUCAAAUAUUGUGUAUGCAAUAAAGCAGGUUUCAAGGAGAAACGUAUACAGAAAGCUAAGGGUAUUUCCAAGGGUAAAGAAGGGGAAGCUAUGGAAAUUUCCAAGGGUAAAGAAGGGGAAACUAUGGAAGACCAAAGUAAAGUUAUUAGAACUAGAAAAAGGUUGGUAACUCGAGUGGGUUGCAAGGCGCGAAUGAUCCUGAAGUACCGUAAGGAAGGUGGUUAUAUAGUGCAAACAUUUUAUGAGGGACAUGCUCAUCCUCUCUACACUCCAGGUUGCAAGAAGUUUCAAAAAGAGGGGAGGAAGUUGAACAUUUUGCACAAGAAGAUGAUAAUCGAUAAUUCAAAGUUAAAUAUUGGUCCUGUGACAACUUUCAGAUUGAUGAAGGAAUACUUUGGAGGUUAUGGCAAUGUUGGUGCAUCUAAGGAAGAUUUCAAAAAUUUCCAAAGAGAUUUGAAGACAUACAUUAAGGGUUCAGAUGCUCAGAUGUUUAUAGACAACUUCAAGAUGAAAAAGUUGUUAUGGAGUGCUUUUUUUUAUGACUUUGAGGUGGAUGAAGAUGAUUGUCUUUCUAGAGCUUUAUGGGCAGACCCAAUUUGUAGGAGAAACUAUGCUCUCUUUGGUGAUAUGGUAUCAUUUGACACUACAUACUCGACUAACAGAUAUAACAUGAUUUUUGGGCCUUUCACUGGUGUCGAUCACCACAAAAGGUGCAUUACAUUUGCUGUUGCAUUCAUUGCAAAGGAAGAUACAACAUCAUUUGAGUGGGUAUUCAGAACAUUUCUCAAAUCAAUGGGAGACAAUGAGCUAAUAUGCUUAAUCACUGAUCAAGAACCAGCGAUGAAGAUUGCUAUUCAGAAUGUGUUUCAGAACGCCGAGCAUAGGUUUUGCAUGUGGCAUAUUAUGAAGAAAAUGCCUGAUAAGAUAGGACGUAUAAUUUGUCAAGAUACUGAAUUUCUAUCAAAGAUAUGUGCAUGUGUCUGGAGCCUAGAGAUUGAGCCUAGUGAGUUUGAAGAUAAAUGGAAAAAAGUGCUUAUUGAGUUCCAUCUAGAGGGACAUGAUUGGCUUCGUCAAUUGUUUGAAAUGAGACACAUGUGGAUACCCGCCUAUUUUAGAGACUUGUUCAUGGGAGGGAUCAUGAGAACAACCUCAAGGUCAUAAAGCGAAAACAACUUUUUUACCUCUUUUACUAAUCCCCAUCUAACCCUUGUAGAUUUUUUCAUGCGGUAUGAAACUGCUAUGGAUGCACAAAGGCACUCACAAGCCCACAAUGAUAAUGAUUCAAAAACUAAGUAUCCGCACUGUAAGACUACACUUGCCAUUGAGAAACAUGCUUCAGAAGUCUAUACAAACUCUGUAUUCUAUGAGUUUCAAGAUGAAGUGCAUAAAGGUUGUUUUUCUUGUGAUAUUGAAGAUUUAAUUAAAGAAAAUGAACAGGAAAUUACCAUAGUGAAAGAAGAUGAUCGAAGAAGAACCUAUGAGGUGGUGUUUAAUUGCACUACCAACGACACAAGAGGCUCUUGCAAGAUGUUUGAAAGGAAAGGAAUUCCAUGUAGACACAUGUCUUCAGUUUGGAAGAGAAAGAGGUUAGAAUUAAUUCCUGAAAAAUAUGUGCUAAAUCGAUGGACUAAGAUGGCAACAAAGAAGCCAAUCUUAGGCUUCGAAGGAAAUAUUAUGGAGCAAUGUGCAAGGAUGGUGGAUAGGAAGAAAAUUUUGAAUGAUUUAUGGUCAGAAAUUCAUAGUUGUGUGAGUUUGGCAGAGGAUAAUGAAGAAGAUCUUAGUGAUCUUGUGAAAAGCAUUCACACACUAAGGUUGGAGUUAGAAGCUAAGAAGAGUGGAAAUGUUCCUCCACCUAGCAAAACUCAAGACAUAGAGUUCCUUAUUGGAGCAACUGCUCCAAUUGAGACCUUGAUCAAACCACCUAAAAUUUCAAAGAACAAGGGAAAUGGUCCUAGUGGGGAAAAAGCUGCAACCAGUGGCACCGGAAGUGACAAAAGGUUGAAAGGAGACAAAGAGAAGGCUAUUGAGCAACAACAAAAGAAGAAGAGGGUAUGUCGGGGAUGCGGGGAGCUUGGUUACCAUGAUAUCCGCAAUUGCCCCGAAAAGCUAUCUUCAUAAUGCAAGGUAUACAAUGCAUUGGGUGUGAGUUUUGUGCGUGAUUAAAAGAUUGACAAGGGUAUCGCGCAGUUUGAGAAAGCUUUUAAUCUUCAACCAGGGUAUGUCACUGCUUGGAACAACCUUGGUAAUGCAUUUGAACAGAAGAAAGAUCUCAAGACUGCUCUUAAGGCGUUUGAAGAAGUGCUGCUUUUCGACCCCAACAAUAAGGUGGCACUCCCUCGAGUUGACUCACUCAGGGAUCGUAUUAACGUCUACAAAGGUGUUCCUGUUAAAUCCAAAGAACGCUGAUAAUGCUAUAAUGUAAACUGACUUACUUGAAUUUUUGACAUGGUAUAAAUUAUAUGAGAACCACUCUUGAAUUACGACAAUCUAUGAGCUCCAGUCGUUGCUUUUUGCUUCAUUUGUUUCAUAUUAUAAGGCGCCUGUACUAUUUCUAUAUAAUUUGAUAAUAUAAGACUUUUCAGACAAAUAUAUUUGUAGUCUUUUAUGCAAAUUUGUCAAUUUUA